AUGCUCAGAGGAGCCGCUCUGAUUCUGCAGCUGACGCUAUGGAUUGUUACUGUUCAUGCCUUCUUCCCCUUCAUCCCCGACGACCAGUGCGAUCCAGGUGAGCAUUGUGGCCCGUUCAGCUCGGACUCGAAAAGGAGCCAUGAUGGGUCCGCUCAAAUUUCCGAAGGAGUGACGCUCGAUCUUGUCAGCCUACCCAGGAGUCCCGGGCUGGGCAAAAGGGUGAAUAACUACCAAGUCUCGGAACCCAUUGCUCCAACAGCUGCAGACAGCGCCGGCAUAUAUCAGUACGGCCCUGACUACUCGUACUUCAUCAAGGUCCUCAUUGGCUCUGCCCAACAGCCAUUCUACAUGCUACUGGACACGGGUGCUGCGAACAGCUGGGUUAUGGGCUCCGACUGCGAGUCAGAUGCCUGCAAGAUGCAUAAUGUGCUAGAUCCCGCUUCCUCGAAAACCUGGCGGUCGGAGAACAAGGGCUUCUCCAUCUCAUAUGGUACGGGCGAUGUCGCCGGCAUCGUGGGCCAGGACACGAUGUCAUUCGCCGGCUUCAGUGUUGACCUAUCUUUGGGGUUGGCCAAUUACACACACAACGACUUUAGGCACUUUGCCUUUGAUGGCAUCCUCGGCCUUGCCAUGAGCGCAUCUGUGUCGGGCACCUUCAUGCAGACGCUCAAGCAAAAGAAGUUGUUGAAAUCUCUGGUUUUUAGCAUAUCCCUGAACCGGGAUUCGGAUGGACGGAACGAUGGGCAGAUUACCUUCGGGGGAAUUGACCGAGCCAAGUAUACUGGCGAGAUUUCAUACACAGACGUUCCACCACCCAAUAAGGACGCAGGCGAAUGGGUCAUCCCGCUAGGAGGCCUCAGUGUUAAUGGGCAGUCUGCUGCCGCUUCAAACAGGCUUGCCUACAUCGACACCGGGACGUCGUUCGUGUUUGCGCCGCCAGACGACCUGGCUGCCCUAUUCAAGCUUAUUCCUGGCUCGAGCUCCUCCGAGAGUAACGGGUAUGUGGAGUACACGGUUCCCUGCGAUACCAAACACCCCAUCACCAUCACUUUCUCGAAUGUGGCAUACGAAAUCUCGCCCGCGGACUGGAUUGUCAAGACGAACGACCACUGCGUUAGCCGCCUUUAUGGCUACGAAUUCAAAGCAGGCACGUGGCUGCUUGGGGACGCCUUCCUCAAGAACGUAUAUAGCGUUUUCGAUGCCGAGAAUAUGCGCAUCGGAUUCGCAUCGAAGCCGGCAUCCCCAACUAAUUCGGCGUCCAGUUCUGCUGUUGCGUCUGCGACGGCAGUUCCCACCGUUGUCACGACAGACGGUUCUGCACGACCCGUCAUGCCUGGCAUCAGCGGACAGGAGACGGCGAGCAAUUCGGCUGUUGCUGGAACGGCGACAGCAACAACAAGCCCGGCCCAGGUGGCUCUCGGAGACCAGCUCAAAAGCAGCACCUACCUCUCUGUUUUGUGCGUCGCCGCCGCUCUUGCCGUAAUGGUAUGCCCUGAGUUGCAGCCGAGAAUGGCCAGUGCCAAACCGCAUGGCGCUGCAGCAGCUGCCGAGACCACUGCCAACAACCGCCGUGCUUCCCCGUCAUCGACCGGCCGCAACGACAGUGCCAACAGCGGCAACAGUAACGACAACAAUGAGGACGAUAGGACAGGGCUACUGGCGGCGGAACCUGGCAGCCCAGAAGGACAUGUCACCAUCAGCAGUAGCGCCAUAGUCCCUGCCGGUGACUUCAAACCCUCUUCCCUCGACAAGCCGCGCAACCCGCGAACUCCCCGAACGCCAAACCGCGUCCGCUUCGACUUACGCCCGACAUUUGUCGACGAUGGCGACGACAAUGCUGCCGUCACGGCAACAAAAAGCAACGGCACUGCCACCUCUCCCGACACCCCCCACCACCAGUAUCACCAACACUCACCGCAACACGACGGCUACCACCCGCCGCGGGAGUCCUUCGACCUAGACGAGGCCGAUCCCCUCUCCUCACCCACCUCCCACCAGCAGCAACAACGCGUACCCUUGUUAACAGGCCUAGAGGCCCCCUCAGUAACGCUGUCCAACACGCUCACAUCACCAAACCAGACUCGGUCUCCAUCACCCACCUUAGAGCACGCCCACGAACACGCCCAUGGCCACGGUCAUGGUCACCACGGAGGACGAGCCAGAUCGUCUCUACUAUCCGCCUUCUCCAACAUGGCCAACUCCAUCAUAGGCGCGGGCAUCAUCGGGCAGCCCUACGCGUUCCGGCAGGCCGGGCUGGUGUCGGGCACGUUCUUGCUCGUGGUUUUGACGCUCGUCGUCGACUGGACGAUCCGCCUCAUCGUGGUCAACUCGAAGCUCUCGGGCGCCAGCUCGUUUCAGGGCACCGUCGAGAAAUGCUUUGGCAGGGCCGGGCUCGUGGCCAUUUCGCUUGCGCAAUGGGCGUUUGCGUUUGGCGGCAUGGUUGCCUUUGGCGUCAUUGUCGGUGACAGUGUGCCCAGCGUUUUGAGGGCCGUUUGGCCUGGCGCGGGAGGGUGGGUUGGAAGGAAUGGGGUGGUGGUUUUUUUGACUGUUGGGGUGAGUUGGCCAUUGAGUUUGUAUAGGGAUAUUGCCAAGUUGGCUAAAGCGAGCACGUUGGCGCUGGUGAGCAUGAUGGUGAUUGUGGUGACAGUGCUGGUGCAGGGCAUCUUAGUGCCCAUGGAGGAGAGGGGCGCGUUAAAAGAUUGGCGGUUGCUGGUGGUGAAUGAUGGUAUUUUUCAGGCGAUUGGGGUCAUUUCGUUCGCCUUCGUAUGCCACCACAACUCCCUCCUCAUCUACGGCUCGCUUGAAAAGCCCACCAUCGACCGCUUCGCCAGGGUCACGCACUACUCGACUGCCGUGUCCAUGCUCGCCUGCCUGAUCAUGGCCCUGUCGGGCUUCCUCACGUUUGGCGACAAGACGCAGGGCAACGUGCUCAACAACUUCCCGUCCGACAACACCAUGGUCAACAUUGCGCGCUUGUGCUUUGGGCUCAACAUGCUCACUACUCUGCCCCUCGAGGCCUUUGUCUGCCGCGAGGUUAUGCUCAACUACUUCUGGCCUGGCGAACCCUUCAACAUGAAACUGCACCUGCUGCUUACGACGAGCCUAGUGUUCAGCGCCAUGGUGCUGAGUUUGCUCACGUGCGAUCUGGGAACCGUGUUUGACCUGGUCGGCGGUACGAGCGCUGCAGCCAUGGCGUACAUUCUCCCGCCGCUGUGCUACAUCAAGCUCACCACGCGGUCGUGGCGGACACUACGCAUCCGGAUGUUUACAUAUGGGAGUUGA